AUGGAAAUCCUAUCAUCUCAAGAGAAUGAUAUUGCAGUAAUUGGAAUUAGUUUAAGAUUCCCCGGAAAAAUAACAACACCUACUGAUUUCUGGGAAGCACUCAAAAAUUCAUUUGAUGGUGUAGUAAAAAUACCUAGUGAUAGAUGGUCGGAUUCGUUUCAAAAACACCAAUUGGUAUCAACAAAGAACGCAGGAUUAUUGGAUUUUGAUGAAUGGAAAAAGUUUGAUCCUCUAUUCUUUGAAAUAUCGCCAAAGGAUGCUGACUAUAUUGACCCUCAAGAGAGACUUCUCCUCACUCUAGUCUAUGAAGCACUGGAAGAUGCUCAAAUUCCUUCAAAUUCACUUAGAUCCUCCAACACUGGAGUUUUUGUUGGUAUGUCCAAUAAUGACUAUCACCAUCUCCAACUUGCAUACCCAGAUUUCGAUACUUUACCAAAAGUAUUGAGUAAUGUGUUCACUCCAUGUGUUAUCGCCAAUAGAGUUUCAUAUUGUUUUGAUUUCAGAGGACCAUCCAUGACCGUCGAUACUGCAUGCUCAUCUUCUUUGACAACGACAGACCUGGCAAUUAAAUAUCUUCAGGAUAAUCAAUGUGAUAUUGCUAUAUCUUGUGGAAUCAAUGCAUUGUUUGAUCCAGAUACAUCGAGAAUGUAUAGCAAUAUUGGAGUACUCGGUGAUCAUUGUAAGCCAUUUGAUGCCAAUGCCAGUGGUUUUGUUAGAAGUGAAGGUUGUGGUGUAGUUAUUUUGAAGAAAUUAAGAAAAGCUGAGAGAGAUGGAAAUAGAAUCUAUUCUGUGAUCAAAGGAAUUGGAAUUAAUAAUGAUGGUCAUUGUAAUAAAGAUACUUUAUCAACUCCUUCAAGUGAUAUUCAGUAUCAAAACAUAAAACAAACUUUAGAAAAAUCAAAUAUUGAUCCAUCUCAAAUCUACUAUGUCGAAGCCCAUUCCACUGGAACAGUAGUUGGAGAUCCAAUUGAAAUGAAGGCAUUGAUAGAUAUGUUUUCUGCCAACCAUUCUCCAGAGAAACCAUUAAAAGUAGGAUCAGUUAAAUCAAACUUGGGUCAUCUUGAAAGUGCUUCCGGAAUUGCUUCUAUCAUUAAGGUAUCUUUGAUGUUAAAAAAUAGAAUGUUAGUUCCAAGUAUCAAAUUAUCACAAUUGAACCCUAAAAUUGCUUUUAAAGAAUCAAAUAUGGAAGUAAUUACUAAAAAUGAAGAAAUAUCAAAUGAACAAUUAAUUAUAAUGGGUGUAAAUUCUUUUGGAAUUGGAGGAACAAAUGGACAUAUGAUACUUCAAGAAUAUAAGAAAAAAGAUUUUGAUGCUAAUUCUACUUCUUCCAUUGACAAGUAUUUUGAUUUACUUCAAAACUAUCAAGAUAAAAUAACCAUAAAAGAAUUUGCUCUAAAUCAAUCUUUAACUAAAUCAUUUCAUUCAACCAGGAAGGUAGUUAUCGCUAAAAAUUGGGAAGAGUUAAAUUCAAAGAUUGUUGAAUUUAAUGGUCAAGUUCAAUCAAAAGAUACUUUUGAAAAGAAAUUGGUUUAUGUAUUUUGUGGUCAAGGUCCUCAAUGGAAUAAAAUGGGAAUGAACCUAUAUGAGAAUGAACCAGUUUUCAAAUCAAAUGUUGAUAAGUUGGAUAAUUUAUUAAAAGAAUACUCUGGAUAUAGUAUUGUUGAAAAGUUGAAAUCCAUUCCAGACGAUUCUAAUGAGAUUCAUAAACCAAUAAUUGCACAACCAUCUCUAUUUGUUUUCCAGGUUGCUUUAUAUGAACUCUAUAAACACUGGGGUUUAACACCAUCAAUUGUACUAGGUCACAGUUUUGGAGAUAUAACUUCUGCUUAUAUUUCAGGAAAUUUAAAUCUAUCUGAUGCUAUUAAAGUUGUACACAUUAGAGCAUCACUUCAAAAUGAGACAAUUGGAACUGGAAGAAUGCUUGUUGUGGCAAUUAGUUCAGAGAAAUAUUGUUUGGAAUUUCAACGACUAUUCCCAUCUCUUGAAAUUGCUUGUUUUAAUUCUUCUAAUUCCAUAGUAAUCACAGGUGACAAUAACAAUCUUAAAGAUUUUGCUGAUCAUUUGAAAAAGGAAAAUAUUUUCCACACUUUCCUUCGUACUCCCUGUUCAUUCCACUCUUCCUAUCAAGAUAUUAUCAAAGAGAAGGUCAUUAAUCAAAUGAAUUCUUUAAAUUCAAAAUCAUCAAAUAUUCCAUGGUAUUCGACAGUUACUGGAGAUUUGAAAUCCGAUCCAUUAGAUUCACAAUAUGUUUUUGAAAAUAUAAGAAAUCCAGUUUAUUUCCAGAAAACUUUAGAAUCACUUUAUAGAGAUUUGAAAGAAAAUUUGAAUGAUUAUGUCUUCCUUGAAAUUUCGCCUCAUCCAACUUUAUGUAGCUUUAUCACCCAAACAAUUCCUAAAUCCAAGGUUUUAUCUCCAAUUCAAAGAAAGAAAGAUGAAACUUUAUUAUUUAAAUCUUCGUUGGCAUCUCUUCAUUGUCUUGGAGUAAAUAUUAAUUUUUCCUCUCAAUUCUCACCUUCUGAUAUUUUAAAUAGAAAUUGGAGAGAACGAGUGGCAAUUCUUCCAAGAUACCAAUGGGAUACUGACUUGUAUUGGAAUGAAUCAAAUCAAUCAAAAUAUAAAAGAUUAAUUGGUAAAUCAACAACAAUUCUUGGUCAUAAAUCUGUAACCAAUGGUGAAAAUUGUUAUCAAUCAGAUAUUGAUAUUCGAAGCCCAGUAUUUGAAUAUCUCAAAGAUCAUCAAGUAAAGAAUCAACCGAUUCUCCCUGGUGCAGGAUAUAUGGAAGCAAUUAUCGAAGCUCUUGAACAUAAUCAACAGGAUAUUCAAAUUAACAAAUUGGAAUUCUUGAAACCUGUUUUCUUAAAACAAAGUUCUCAAAAAAUAGUUACAAAAGUUGAAAAACUCUCGAAAAGUGAAUAUUCUUUUGAAUUCUUCCACAAAAAUGGUCAAUUUUAUGAUUUGAAAGAAGAUUGGAAAAAAACUGCAAAAUCAAAAGUAACCCUUUUAAAAGGAAUAAAAUCUAGAACUAUAGAUUUAUCAUCUUUCAAAAGUCAAUGUAAUUUAACAUCUUACACUCCAGAGGAGUUUUACAAGAAGACCCAGAGGUUUGGAUUAAAAUAUGGACCACACUUUCAACAUAUCCAAAAUAUUUCAAUUGGAAAUAUGAUGGCAUUUGGAGCUUUAAAGGUAAGGUCUUCUAAUAGACCUUCAAAGAUAUUGAAUGCUACUCUAUUUGAUAGUUGUGCUCAUGGAUUGUUUGCAUUAAUGGAUGAUAGAAGACAAUUCAUAUAUAAAUCAUUGGAAAAUAUGAAAAUCAACUAUCAAAAUUAUCAAGAAUUAGAAAAUAAUCCCCCAGAGGAACUGUACCUUUUAGUAAGAAUGACAGAUUUCAAUAACUAUGAAAAUAUUGGAAAUUGUUUACUUGUUAAUCCAAAAGGACAAAUUAUUUUCGAAAUCAAAAAAUACAUAUUGGGAUCAUCUGAAAGAAUGAAAUUGAAAAAGAUAAAAUAUCCAGAAAAUGAACUUUUCGAGACAUUUUAUCAACCAAAAGAAUCUCCAGUUUCUAUUCCAAAAGAUUUAUUUUCUAACCAAAACAAAUUGGAUAUCAUUAAAGAAACUUCUGAAUCACUAAUGACUUCCAUUUCAAAAUCUAUAUCCCAAAUGGAAGGAAAGAACAUAUUGAAAAUUAUGUGCCUUGGUUGUAGUGAAUUAUCUUCUCUUUUGAUUCCUUUAAUAGAUAAAAUGUUAGAUACAAUUGUUAAAGGAGUUGUAGAAAUAUUUUAUACAAUAUCAGAUGUUUCAGAAAUACUUGUAAAGGAGAAAAAGGAAAUAUACCAAUCAUUAAAAAUUCAUCGAAAUCUCAAAAUUAAUUUUACUUUAGUAGAUUUUAGUCAGAAUUUAGAAGAACAAGGUUUCUUACACUCCUCUUAUGAUCUGGUAUUCUCCAAUCCCACCAUGCAUAAAAAUAAUUAUGAAUCAUCGCUUUUAUUUACUUCUAAAAUUCUAUCACCAAAAGGAACCUUCAUUUCUCUACAGUCAAACCCAGAUUCUCUUUUAAUAGAUCAAAAUAUUGGAGAUUUCAAUAACUUGAAGAGUUUUGUAACAGGAUCAUAUCAAUUUACAAAUAUUAGAACUACUGAUUCAGAAAAUUAUAAUAUGUUAAUUUGUGAAAAAACUGAAAUUGCAUCUUUACCUAUUAAAAAUGUAGAACAUCUUUCAGUUGUGAUAGGUGACAAUCAAAAUGUUUCAAAUGAUCUUUUGUCAUCAUAUACCAAGAAUGAAAUUAAUUUUAUUUUGGUAAAUGAAAUUCAAUCAAAAAAAGAUAUCCUUAGAAAUUCUACUCAUAUUCUAUUUUUGACUUCGAUGGAACAAUUAACUAUUGAGAAUUAUCAGCUCACCAUUUAUUCUUUAGUUCAAAUAUUACAAAUGUUAAUGGAUAGAGAAAAACAACCUAGAAUAACUGUAGUGGCAAAAGAUAGUGAAUCUUCAAACUACCUUUCAAACUCUAUUGUAGGAAUUUUGAAUACAGCUUUUGUGGAUCAUAGAGAAUUGGAUGUGGUAUUUUUCAAUAUAGAUUCAAGUUUAAAUAACGAAUAUUUAGAAAAAAUAAUGAUUAUUUCUCAAAAUAAGGUAGAAUUAGGUGAAUAUUCUUAUGCAAUAAUGAACAACAAAGUUAUGAUAGCAAGAGAACUGAAUAUCGAAGAUGAAGCAUUUACAUAUUCAAAGGCAUAUGAAACAAACCCAGAGAAUAUUAUUUCUGUUUCCAAUAUUAAUCUAGAUUAUAAAUUGAGAAAUAGAAGAAAUUUGAAUUCCAAAGAGGUAGAAAUAGAGGUGAAAGCAGUUGGUUUGAAUUUCAAAGAUUAUCUUUUCCAUCUUCAAAUGCUUCCAGAGAAACAAAUGAGCGGAGGUGAUAUUUAUCAUCCACCAUUUGGUUUGGAAUCAUCAGGAGUUGUUUCAAGACUAGGAAAAGACGUAGACGAUUUCAAAAUUGGAGAUGAACCAAAAGAACUUUCGUUCAAUGAAUGUGCCUCAGUUAGUAUAGUUUAUGGCACAGUAUAUCACUCUUUGUUUGAAGUUUGUAAAUUCAAACCAGAUGAAACUAUUUUGAUUCAUGGUGCUACCGGUGGUGUUGGUUUGGCAGCAAUGAAUGUUCUAAGAAUGUUGAAAUGCAAGAGAGUAUAUGCAACUGCUGGAUCUCAAGAGAAGAUAGAUUAUCUAAAAUCAAACUAUUCAGAUAUUUUGAUCGAUGUUUUCAAUUCUUAUUCAAAUGAGUUUGCUGAGAGUAUCAAAGAGCAAUGUGAUGGUGUAAAUGUGCUGCUUAAUACAUUACCAAUUGAAUAUAUGGAGGAGAAUUUCAGAGCUAUGGCACCCUAUGGAAGAAUUGCUGAUAUUGUGGUUACACAUAUUGUAAACAACGAUACUUUUGGUUAUGGUCAAUUUGAUAACGAUAUUAAUUAUUGUUGUGUUGACUUACAGAAACUUUUUUGGAAUCGAACUGAAUAUGGUAAAAACCUAAUGAUCACUAUUUUUAAUGACAUCGCUAGUGGAAGACUUCAAUUGACUCCUAUCAAGGUAUUUGAUGUUACAGAGACAAAACAAGCCAUUAAACAUAUUGCAGAAAGGAAGCAAUUAGGAAAAGUUGUUAUCGAUUGUUCGAACUUCAAUAAAUCAAUUAUGCAGCCUCUGAUUGAAAAGAAAAUACCACUACCAAAGAAAGAGUUCAAGAUGGAUAUUUCAAACACAAUCAUUGUUACAGGUCAAAAUGGUUUAGCCCUAGAACUGAUUCCAUGGUUAGCUAAACACACCAAUGCUUCUGAUAUAGUUGUACUCUCGAAAUCAACAUUGAACAACAGAUUAAAGCUUAUUAUAAACUCGACAAAAUCAACAAAGAUUCAUUUCUAUCAAACUGACAUCACAGACAAUGAGCAGUUGAAAUCAAGAAUAGAAUUGGCCAUCAAGAAUCUACCACCCAUCGAAACGAUAAUCCAUCUUGCAGUACUCUUUGAGGCAGUUCCUCUAAAUGAACUAACACUUGAAAACAUCAAGAGAGUUCAUGAUCCAAAGGUAAUCGGUGCCUAUAAUCUUCAUACUCUUUCUAUUGAUCUUUGUUUACCAUUGAAACAAUUCGUUUUGAUGUCAUCGAUUUCUGGAUACACUGGUGCGGCUUCACAGCCAUCUUACAACUCUAGUUGUCUGGCUAUCGACGGUUUGUGUAAAUAUAGAAAUUCUCUUGGUUUGACAUCAAAGGCAAUAAGACUAGGUCCGAUUCUCGGCGAGGGUAUCGUUGCAGAAUCUACAGGUCUCCAAGACUACACUGUUUGGAGGUUUAGAAUUGAUUCUUUCACAACCACUCUAUUGCAAUCCAAUUCUGAGUCAAGUAACUUCGAAUCGAGCAUACGAGAUACACCAACACAUCAAGCAUCGCAUCGAUCAUAUGGUGUUUGGUGA